GGUAGCAAGGCUGCGUUCGCGCUCAGUCAUCGGCCGGUCGAAGUCGGCGACGACUGGCCGUUCCAUUUUCGAAAGUUCGAAACAGACGCAAUACGAUUUUGACAAUUCCAUUUUUAAAAUUGUCAUUCAAUUUUUUUUUGCGAGAUUCUUUAUAGACGAUGUUGAAGAUCGGCGGCGGCGCGGUGCUGCUCGCGGCCAUCGUCGCCGUGUUCGUGGUCGCCACGCAGGGUCGCGACCCCGACCUCGAGGUGCUGGAGCAGGAGGGGCGCGAGUACAUCAUGCACUUGGACAAGAUGGCCGGCGUGCGGAAGAACAAGGCCAGCCUGGCCGAGUGGGCGUACACCUCCAACAUCACCAAGGAGAACGAGGAACGACGGAUACAAGUCCAACUAGAACUCUCAAAGCAAGAGAAACAAGCAUGGAGCGAAACGAAAAUGUACAGGUGGCAAGAUUUCCAAGACUUCACCCUGAGGCGGAUGUUCAAGAAGUACAGUCAGCUGGGUGUGGCGGCGUUGCCUGAUGACAAAUACAAGCUGCUCAUGCAGUGCGUUUCAGGGAUGGAGUCGAAUUAUGCCACUUCGAAGAUCUGCGACUUUAAGAACAACACCAAAUGUGAUCUGUCUUUGGAACCUGAGAUAACGGAGAUCUUCUCGAAGAGUCAAGACCCUGAAGAGCUAAAGCACGCGUGGGUGGAGUGGCACCGUGCGGCCGGCGCGAGCGUGAGGCAGAACUUCACACAGUACGUGCAGCUGGACAACGAGGCGGCUAAACUUAACGGUUUCAAGGACGUAGCUGACUGGUGGCUGUCAGAAUACGAGGUGCCAGACUUCGAGCAACAGUUAGCAAAGCUCUGGGAGGAUGUGAAGCCUCUGUACCAGCAACUACACGCAUAUGUCAGGAAACGGUUGAGGGACAAGUAUGGAGAGCAUAUCGUGUCGGCUAAGGGACCAAUUCCGGCGCAUUUGUUAGGUAACAUGUGGGCACAAACGUGGAACAACAUUGAAUCCUUCACCCGCCCCUACCCUGACAAGAAAGAGAUAGACAUAACGAAGACAAUGAGAGACCAGAACUUUACGGCUUUGAAGAUGUUCCAAAUGUCUGAUGAAUUCUUCAGGUCGUUGAAUCUGACCGCCAUGCCGGAGAAGUUCUGGCAGAAUUCCAUUAUUGAGAAACCGACGGAUCGGGAGAUUGUGUGCCACGCGUCAGCUUGGGACUUUUAUGAUGGCGAAGACUUUAGGAUCAAAAUGUGUACGACAGUGGAUAUGGAGCAUUUGAGGGUAGUCCAUCAUGAGAUGGGGCACGUCCAGUAUUAUUUGCAGUACAGGGAUAAACCUGUGGUAUUCCGUGCUGGAGCCAAUCCAGGUUUUCAUGAAGCUGUUGGGGAUACCAUAGCUUUGUCGGUGUCAUCUCCUAAACAUUUACGCCGAGUUGGUUUAGUUAGCGGAGACGCUGAAGAUGAACAGACUGAAAUCAAUCAGCUUUAUAAAAUGGGUAUAGAUAAAAUCGUGUUCCUGCCAUUCGCAUAUGUGUUGGAUUUAUUCCGAUAUGGCGUGUUUAGAGGAACAACUACCCCAGAUGACUACAACUGCCACUACUGGCGGCUGAGGGAUGAGCUGCAAGGUGUGGAGCCGCCAGUCAACAGGACGGAGGAGGACUUCGACGCCGCUGCCAAGUAUCACGUGUCUGCUGAUGUGGAAUACGCGAGGUACUACGUGUCAUUCAUAAUCCAGUUCCAAUUCCAUCGAGCUCUCUGCCAACUGGCUGGAGAGUACGUGCCAGAAGAUCUCACUAAGAAACUGGUUGAUUGUGAUAUUUAUCAGAGCUUUAACGCUGGAAAUGCAUUAUCAAAUAUGUUAAAAAUGGGCUCGUCGAAGCCGUGGCCGGACGCGAUGGAGGCACUCACGGGGCAGCGCGCGAUGAAAGCGGACGGGCUACUGGAGUACUUCCGGCCGCUGCGCGAGUGGCUGCAAGCGGAGAACCAGCGCACCGGGGAGCACAUUGGCUGGGAGCCUAGCAAAAUGCAAUACUGCACGCAAGAGCAGCUGGCCGCUCUGGACGCGAAGGCGAAGCCGGAGCCCGUGCAGGAGUCGUGACCGUACUUACUACUACAUAGGAUAAUUUGACGUCUAGGAGCAGUAUUCGUAAUAAAUGUUUUGUAAUAUAAUG